AUGUUUUGGUUCAACCCCCACUCCAAGUGGGGAAAGAGCCACGAAGUGGUCCCGAGCAGCAGUUUGCCCCACCGGCUCUUCAGCAUCACACUCCACCUGGCUGAAACUAGUGAGACUUUCCCGUUAGCCGGGUGCUACGGCGACUUGACUGUGUUGAAGUUGAAGCACCAUCUGGAGCUGCUGACUGGCAUCCCCCUGCAUUUCCAACGCCUCCAGUACCUGGAUGAAGUAGAUCUGCCAGAUGAGUCUACGUUUAAGUACAAUGAUAUUGUCCCUGGCGGAACAAUUACUAUACGCAUCUGGCGACAAGAUGGCUGGGGGCUUCUUGUGGCAGCUGCUGCUGAAGGAGAUAUUACCCAGCUAAUAAGUUUAGGAGUUACAAAGGGAUCCACAUGCAACACUCCAAAUUCACAGUUACUGAGACCAGAAGAGAAAAGGGAAUGGAUCGCGCAUCGAGCAUUUGUGGCAUUGUACGUUGCCAGCCACAGAGGUCACGUUCCAGCUGUAGAAUUUCUCCUGGAAAAUGGUGCAGAUUUGCAUGCUAAAACACCACUGGGGAGGACUGCUCUUCAUGCUGCCACUGUCAUGGGCCGAUGUGACUGCAUUGAUCUGCUCCUUAGCUGGGGGGCACAAACUUCUGACCCAGACAAUGAGGGACAAAGUGCAGUGAGCCUAGCCCGCCUCUGGGGCCAGAAGCAAAGCGAACGCAGACUGUUCCAUUUCCAGUGGCAGCAGAGAGCAACUGGCAGCACGUCACCCUCACCAAGUCGGAACUUACAUCAGAAGUUGGAUUCCAGGGCACAGGGGUCUCAGUCACGUGCUAAAAUACACGUGGGCUAAUUUAUUUAGUGCUGGCCAGUUUCAGGGGACAGUCAAUAAUUCUCCCAGAAAGCCACAUGUUAAAUAUUGGGGAGGGGGGGGAAUCCGUGUGGUUCAGAUACUAAAUGAGCUCUUGUGUUGGUGAUGCUGCAGCCUCGAUGACAGAAGGCUUGACAGCACAGCUCCUAGACACGCUCUUAAUUUGUAGGUUAUAGGGAUCUGGAAAAUUGUUACAUACCCAUUUAAUUAAUACACUUAGUAGUGAGACCUCAGACCUGCCUGUGAACUCACCUUGGAAUGCUCAGUGUUGGGGUAAUUUUCUGAUGGUUGGCACUAGGUUGUGACAGUAUUGUCUAGUGGGUGUAUCAGAGGGCUAGGAAUUAGGACUUCUAGGUUAUUAACUCCGU